GGCGCCCCUAGUACCUGCAGCACAGUGACAGCAGCUAGCCGCAUUUGCAGCCCGUUUUCCCGCAGAAUGAAGCCCUAUUGUGGACGGUAAAAGCCCCGGAGUCCGCGUACACCGAGUUGUACCCCCGUGGAAUGCCCUAGCGCCUCCCUGAUCCCGUUACUUUCCGUGAUUUCACCAACAAACAGCGACUUAGCCCCGGGUUCAUUCACUCUGCCCCGGUUAGCUCCCGUUAGCACCGCGGGCUAGGCAACGUUAGCAUCAGCUGGAGUCCAUCUUCGAACCACCAGCCACGAAAAGAUGGAGAGGAGUGUGUACAUCGUUCAGGGGGAGGUGGGGCUGGUGGUCGGAGCCAUUAAGAGGAAUUCCCGCUGGAACACACACACACCGCUGGAUGAGGAGCAGGACCCCCUCCUGAACAGCUUCGCUCAGCUCAGAGAUGUCCUCAACAACAUUAAAGAUUUGUCAGAGGUGGAGCCAAAUGUUUUCCUUCGCCCUUUUUUGGAAGUGGUUCGCUCCGAAGACACGACUGGACCAAUCACAGGCCUCGCCCUCACCUCCGUCAACAAGUUUCUCUCAUACGGACUCAUAGAUGCCAGUCAUGAAGCAGCGGCUGAGGCCAUUGAGAACAUGGCCGACGCAGUGACACAUGCUCGGUUUGUGGGAACAGAUCCGGCCAGUGAUGAGGUCGUGCUCAUGAAGAUACUACAGGUGCUGAGGACUCUCCUGCUCACUCCAGUCGGGGCUCACCUCACAAACGAGUCUGUGUGUGAGAUUAUGCAGUCGUGUUUCAGGAUCUGCUUUGAGAUGAGGCUUAGCGAGCUACUGAGGAAGUCUGCAGAGCACACCCUGGUGGACAUGGUGCAACUGCUCUUCUCCAGGUUACCACAGUUCAAAGAAGAGGCCAAAAGUUGUGUCGGUGCCAACAUUAAAAAGCUGAAGAUGAGAGCUGGAGGGAUGAGUGAAUCGUCCAAAUGGAAAAAACAGAAACGCUCCCCACGACCAGCUCAUCAUAUGGUACGAAGUCCGAGCGGAACUAUGGACCAAUCAGUUUUAAGCAACAACAACCUCUCAGCUGGGGUGCCGUUUCUGGACUCAGGCUCGGGUCCCCCGCUGCCCUCCUCGGAGAGCGUUGGUUCUAUCUCCAGUCCCUCAGACAGUGGAGUGGACUCGUGCUCCAAGACUCCGUCCAGAGAAGAUCUAUCAGAGCUGGACCAGAACAGCACCGCCCUGAGUCCCAGUCACCCCAGUGGGAGUGACCUGGGGGCAGGGGAGGGACAGUCCGACAGGGUGAGCUCGGCACAGUCCGCAUCUGUGGAGUCCAUCCCUGAAGUUUUAGACGACAACAACUCUGUGUCUGACACUUCCUCAGUGCACGACAUGGACUAUGUCAACCCACGGGGCGUUAGGUUCACCCAGUCUACACACAGAGACGGUGCGUCCCUGAUCCCGUACGGUCUUCCCUGUCUCCGUGAGCUGUUCCGGUUCCUGAUUUCUCUGACGAAUCCUCACGACCGCCACAACACGGACGCCAUGAUGCACAUGGGGCUGCAACUGCUCGCCGUCGCCCUGGAAACUGCUAACGUGGCACAUUACCAGAGUCUGCUACUGCUGGUGAAGGACGAGCUCUGCAGGCAUCUAUUCCAGCUGCUGAGUGUGGAGAGGAUGAACCUGUAUGCCUCCUCGAUUCGCGUCUGCUUCCUGCUGUUUGAGUCCAUGAGAGUCCACCUCAAGUUUCAGCUCGAGAUGUACCUGAAGAAGCUGAUGGACAUCAUCACAUGUGAGAACAUUCGGAUGCCGUAUGAAAUGAAGGAGCUGGCUCUGGAGGCUGUGGUGCAGUUGUGGAGGGUCCCCAGUUUAGUCACAGAGCUGUACCUCAACUACGACUGUGACUACUACUGCAGUAAUUUGUUUGAAGACCUCACCAAACUACUGUCAAAGAACGCCUUCCCUGUGUCUGGGCAGCUCUAUACCACACACCUGCUCUCUCUGGAGGCUCUGCUCACUGUGAUCGACAGCACCGAAGCCCACUGCCAGAACAAGACCUCCAGCAGCGGCAGGACCGAACAGGGGCAGGGGCAGGAGCAGAGACAGGAGCAGGUGCAGGAGGGCCGCAACGCCAGCCGAGACAACACAGAGACCAACGACCUCCAGAGAAUUACACCCAAUGAAGGCUUGGUGAAUUCUGCUCAGAGUGACUCGUCCCUGGGUUACCCUCCCACCAGCGGCCCCCUGAUGGCUGACAAGAUGAGGCUGGGGAGAUCGGACCAGCAAGAUCCAGAUCCAGGUGAAAAAGUUCAAAAGCCUCAUCGGUUUUCCUCAUGUUUACCAGACUCUCAGGAGCUACUGGAGAUCAGGACCAAGAAGAAGCUGCUGAUCACAGGCACAGAGCAGUUUAAUCAGAAACCAAAGAAGGGGAUCCAGUUCCUCCAGGAAAAGGGGCUGCUGACCGAGCCCAUGGAGCCGGCGCAGGUGGCUCAGUGGCUCCGAGAGAACCACAGACUGGACAAGAAGAUGAUCGGAGAGUUCAUCAGUGAACGCAAGAACCAAGAGCUGCUCGACAGCUUCGUCAACACGUUCCAGUUCCAGGGUCUUCGUAUCGAUGAGGCUCUAAGGCUGUACCUCGAAGCCUUCAGACUCCCAGGAGAGGCUCCAGUCAUCCAGAGACUAUUAGAGACAUUUACUGACAACUGGCAUAAAGUGAACGGUUCUCCUUUCAUGACAAACGAUGCCGGCUUCGCUCUGGCAUACGCCGUCAUCAUGUUAAACACUGACCAACACAAUCACAACGUACGCAAGCAGAACAUCCCCAUGACUGUGGAGCAAUUUAAGAAGAACCUGAAGGGAGUGAACGGGAACAAGGACUUUGAUCAGGACAUGUUAGAAGACAUCUACAACGCCAUCAAGACAGAGGAGAUUGUGAUGCCAGAUGAACAGACUGGUUUGGUGAAGGAGAAUUAUGUGUGGAGUGUGUUACUCCACCGGGGGGCAUCACCCGAGGGCAUGUUCCUGCGUGUUCCUCCUGGUUCCUAUGACAACGACCUUUUCUCCAUGACCUGGGGCCCCUCCAUCGCCGCGCUGUCCUACGUCUACGACAAGAGCCUGGAUGAGAGCAUCCUGCAGAAGGCUCUCACCGGCUUCAGAAAAUGUGCAACGAUCGCGGCUCACUAUGGCUUCAGUGAUGUCUUUGAUAAUCUCAUCAUCUCCCUCUGCAAGUUCACCACGCUCAGCAGUGAGUCGGUGGAAAACCUGCCCACAGUAUUCGGCAGUAACGCCAAAGCACAAACCGCGGCCAAAACAGUUUUUGACCUGUCCCAUCGCCACGGCAACAUCCUAAGAGAGGGUUGGAAGAACAUCAUGGAGUCGAUGCUGCAGCUAUUCAGAGCAGAACUACUGCCAAAGGCUAUGCUAGAGGUCGAGGAUUUUGUGGAACCGAACGGAAAAAUCUCACUCCAGAGAGAAGAGACUCCAUCAAACAGAGGAGAGUCGGCUGUGCUGAGCUUCGUGAACUGGCUCACUCUGAGCGGAGCCGAACCCUCAGGACUCAGAGGACCUUCAACUGAAAACCAAGAGGCCAAACAGCAGGCCAUCCUCUGCAUCAAGCUGUGUGACCCGGAGAAGCUGAUCACCGAGAGCAAGUUUCUGCAGCUGGAGUCUCUGCAGGAGCUCAUGAAGGCUCUGAUCUCAGUGACUCCAGAUGAGGAGACAUAUGACGAAGAGGACGCAGCCUUCUGUUUGGAGAUGCUGCUGCGAAUUGUUCUUGAAAACAGGGAUCGUGUGGCCUGUGUGUGGCAGACUGUGAGGGACCAUCUGUACCAGCUCUGUGUCCAGGCCAACGACAGCUGCUUCCUGGUGGAGCGGGCCGUGGUGGGAUUGCUCCGACUGGCUAUCAGACUACUGCGGAGAGAGGACAUCAGCUCACAGGUGCUACUGUCCCUGCGUCUGCUCCUCAUGAUGAAGCCUCACGUUUUGAGCAGAGUGAGCAGAGAAGUGUCCUAUGGCCUCCACGAACUCCUCAAAACCAAUGCCGCAAAUAUCCACAGCACUGAGCACUGGCACACACUCUUCACCCUCAUCGAGUGCAUCGGGGCUGGGGUCAGGGCUCCGGCUAGCUUCAGGCUCCAGGCGGCUUCCAGCGACCACGACACAGGCGCUCAGUCAGACAGCGAGCUCUCGUCUCACUCUCACUCUGAGCUGGUGGAUCGUGGUUACACAUCUGACCCUGAGAUCUACAACGAAAACAACAAGCCCCGCCUCCCACGCUCCAUCACAGACACCGAUGUGAGCAGCGGCUGGCUCGUGGUUGGUAAAGAUGACCUCGAGCUGAAGCCCUCUGUGAACCCAAAACCGGACCCCAAACCAGACCCAAAACCCGGCCCCGGUCUAAGUCCUGUUCUAAACCCGAGUCUGACCCCUAAGCCGGAGGUGAGACACGCGUUGGUGAACCAGUACAGCCUGACGGUGGGACAGGACCUGGGACAACACGACACCAAGUCUCUGCUAAAGUGUGUGGAGACGCUGUCGUUCAUCGUGAGGGAUGCGGCUCAUGUGACUCCUCACAACUUUGAACUGUGUGUGAGAGCCAUACGAGUGUUUGUGGAGGCCAGUCUCAACGGAGGCUACAGAAACCACGACAAGAAGAAGAGCCAUAAGUAUGACUCAUCCAAGUCUCGCCUGAGGAAGAAAAAUGGCAGCCGCGAGAAGGAAACAGGAAGUGGAGCACGACGAGGCGGGGGCAGGGCGUCCAACCAGAGACCUUCUCGCUCCCAUAGCGACGAGGAGGAGGAUGAGGGUGUGCCAGCCAGUUACCACACGGUGUCUUUACAGCUGUUGGACCUUAUGCACACGCUCCACACUCGUGCCGCCAACAUCUACAGCUCCUGGGCCGAGGAACAGCGACACCUAGAGGCCGAAGGCAAGAAGAUCGAGGCAGACUCCCAAACUCUGUGGAGCAGCUGCUGGUGCCCCCUGCUGCAAGGUAUUGCUUGGCUCUGCACUGACGCCCGUCGACAGGUUCGCACGCAGGCUCUCACUUAUCUGCAGAGGGCGCUGCUGGUCCACGAUCUGCAGACACUGGACGCAGCAGAGUGGGAGUCCUGCUUCAACAAGGUUUUGUUCCCACUCCUCACCAAACUUUUGGAGAACAUCAGCCCUGCAGAUGUGGGAGGCAUGGAGGAGACAAGGAUGAGAGCCUGCACUUUGCUCUCUAAGGUGUUCCUACAGCACCUGUCGCCUCUGCUGUCCCUGCCAACCUUUGCCGCUCUCUGGCUCACCAUCCUGGACUUCAUGGAUAAGUACAUGCACGCCGGCUCCAGUGACCUCCUGCUGGAAGCCAUCCCAGAGUCUCUGAAGAACAUGUUGCUGGUGAUGGACACAGCUGGGAUCUUCCACAGCUCCGACUCAGGAUCUGGAUACUCAGAUCUCUGGAGCAUCACCUGGGAACGCAUUGUAUGCUUCCUACCCCACCUGAAGGAGGAGCUGUUCAAGCAGACUGUCAUCCCAGAGCCUGCGUCUGGCCCUCCUGUGGAGCCUGCAGCCACGCUCAGACCUCCCACUCCCCAGACACCUCCUCCUGCUCAUCCCCCCUCCCCCUCCCCUCCUCCUGCUCUCACCCCCCCACAGUCUCAGAGCCCCAGCAGACCUGCAUCACCACAAGAGGGCACUACUGUCAACAUUUCCGAAGCCCCGUCUGCGCCCCCCUCGGCUCAGACUCCUUCCCCUUCUUCUUUUAGCCCCCCUACCUCCUCCCUAAACCCCUCCUCUUCCCCUUUAGGCCCCUCCCCUCUCAUCCUGCAGCCACUAGCAUCUCCUCUUCAGGUCGGAGUCCCGCCCAUGUCGCUGCCAAUCAUCUUAAACCCCGCCCUCAUCGAAGCCACAUCUCCGGUCCCACUGCUGCCCCCAGUGAAUCGGACUGGGACUGCUCCCGACGAGGUCAAAUAAUGCGAAACACUACCAAAAAACUGCAGGAAACUACAAACAUGGCCGACACCGGAGGUCACAUGUGCGGACUGGACCAGAGAAUGCCAAGAACCACUCAAGUAAAUGGUAGACUGUGAUAAAUCCCAUGUAAAGACUACAAAUAUGUGGGAGCCAUGAAAUCUACAAAAAUGGCUACUCUUAUGAAGACAAGAACUGAUCAAACUGAAGAUAUUCAAAGUAAAUUAUGAAGAAAUGCUGGAAUCCUGUGAAAUACAUCUACAUCAACAUAAAGGUUUUAA